GGUUCUGCACGAGACCACGAAUAUCACGAAACAUAUCCUAAGUCCAUAAACUUCCCAGUUUGCGCUUGGCCAGUGGUCGCAAGAUAAUACCAUAUCAAAUACAGCCCUUGUCUAUGUGGACAUCCCCUAUCAAUGCAUACUUAACCUCGCGAAUACCUCCUCGGCGAUCUAUAAACCGCACCAAAGCUAGGAGCGAGUAGCAAGAGCAUUAUUGAUCAGCUACACAUCAACAUGGCUGCCGAAUCCGACAAAGAGAAUCUCCUGCACGAUUUACUCCCCACGAUUGACCACGCGAAAUCGCCGCGAUCCACAGCUGAUCCAAAAGCAAUGGGCAAACGAAACCGAAGCAAGAGUAUUGGACCAGGCGGGCUUGACGAUGUCUUGUUGAAGCCUUCGACUAAGGACCGGCGAAAGUCUGCAUUCGUCCCUGCGGUCAAGUCCAUUCUAGCGAGCCGGGAAGAUGAAGCGAAGAGGAAGGAAGCAAGGCGAAAGUCGCUUGCGAAUCGCCGAGUGUCAUUUGCGCCAGAGGCAACUCUGCACACUUGGGACGUCAUCGAGUACAUGCGCGAUGCGACAACUUCAUCUUCCUCAUCCAGCCCACGGCGGAACGCUUCAGAAUCCCCGAAAAACCCAAGAAAAACGCCGAAAAAUGGUGAUCCAUCGCCGACCGCGGAAGAUGCCACGGCGCAAUCGCCCUCUACGCCUCCGAAACAGGCAGAAUCUCCGAUACCCGAAUCAUCGCCAGCAAACCAGAGAGACAUGCACCAACGGAAGCGUCGCCGGGUCUCUAGAGUUCCACCUGAAAUAUCGAGCCCUUCAGACGCUCCAUCAUCGAGCCCGGCGAGCGCAACCUCGAGCGCCGCAAGCGACGACAUCGAAAGCUCGACGGGAAGCAAUGAGAACACUUUAUCUCAUGCCGAUGGACCAAACAACGGCACGAGUCCGGACGGCUCAACAACAUCUUCCAGUGGGCGUUUGGAAGAAGCGUUGCGGCAGGCGGCAACGCAGGCUGGAACACGAGGAAUCGAAUGUGACGAGAAUGAAGAGAUAUCCAUGGAUCUAGCUUCGGAAGAGGUAACCGCAGCCUUCCAGCCCUGGCUUCAAUUCAAGGCCAAAGCCCAAGCACCCCGCCCUGAUCUGGAUCAAGAGAACAUCGAUCCGUUUUCUCCAGCCAUCAGCACAAGGACAGUUGGCAGCAAAACCAACCAGCCAAUGCUACCAGAAAGCGAAGGUUCCGAUGAGAUGAGUAUGGAUAUCACGCAAGCAGUCGGUGGUAUUCUGUCCAAGCGGAACGUAGAAGACACGGAAGCGGAUGAUGCAACGAUGGAUUUCACCACGGCGGUCGGUGGCAUCAAGUUCAGUCAGAAUGCGCAGCCUGCAUCUCAGCGUAGCGGAAUCAAGAGACGGAGGUCAAGCGUGUUUCCAGCACCUGCGAGUGUUGUCGAUGCCAGCGGUAGUCCCUCCAGACGAAAGAGCCUACGCCGGACAAGCAUGAAUCAUCGACAGUCUCUCGGCAAUUUGGCCAUCGAUGAUGAAACUAUGGAUUUGACCGAGUCACUUGGUGGCAUCCAGGAAAUGAUAUUCAAGGCUAACUCCGAGCCCGCCGCAACAUUGGACAUGACACUCGGCGACGACGCUAUGGACUUUACGAUGGCUGUCGGCGGCAUCAAGGAUGUCAAAGCUACACAACUCGAUGCUCAAAUCGAAGACGACGAGGGCGACUUGGAGGACAUGAGUAUGGAGCUGACCUCGAAUUUUGGAAAUAUCGAUCAGGGCAAGUUAGCGAAGGCCUCCACUCCCUCAACAGCACCCGUGGUGAAACGACACGGCUCAGAAGAUCAGAUCUUGCCCCGUAUUGAUGAACAUCAACCCAAAGCCGCCGCGCCUCUAAAUCUCACCCCGUCUCCACCUAAGCGGUCACCGAUCAAACCAAGUCCGAAACGUCAAACUACAGGAAUAGGAGGUACACCAAGGAAGUCUCCUCGACGUUCUGGAAGACUUAGCAUAGUCCCGAUGACGCCUGAGCAGACUGGAGCGAGCUAUGAGAAAGAUGUGCGCUUCAGCCCGCGCCCGCAGAAACAAACCAACGAGGGGCCCGAAAGCCAACCCAAAACGCCUGUCAAGAUGGAGGUUCCCGAUGCUCCCCAGCAGCAGAAUCCAUCCCCAAGGGUCAAGGAGAGCCCCUAUUGGUUGCAACCCGAUACAACUCCCAAGGCGAACAAUCUGUCCCAGUCUAUCAAAUCGCUCUCCACUCCAAGAAAGCAAGUUAGGACUCCUGUACUCAAGUCCACUUCUACCCCAAAAAGCCCGGCCCAGCGGAGUCCCGUCAAAUCAUUCACGCCAAAGCAAACGACUCCAGGAAAGGGGCCAAAAAAGAACGUGACGAUUUCAGAACCCGUUCCGAGAGCGUCACCAGUGAAGGACGACACCUCUGUCGAUGAGCACCUUUCGCUAAAGGAAUUUCUCCGCUUAACGAACAUUCGAUUUCUUGAUCUUACUACGACGAAGAGAAGACAUACUGGAGCACCUUCUGCUCUGACCAAGCAAUUUUUGCAGGAGGAAUCUGCAGAUGAUGAUUCUCACCGGAUUGAGAAUGCGGCUGUUGCUGGUGCAUGCACGGUACCACUGCUGAGUCUCUUCCAACAUUCUUGUCAUGAGAUGAAGCAUUAUAUCUCGGGUGGGAAGGACGAAGUCCGUAUGAUUGAGAAUGAAGCCGUUGAAAACCAGCCUCCAUUGUUCAAAGAAUAUAUAUCCGCACCUCCAGGUGAACGGAUGAUUAUGGACAACCAGUUCAAGAACAUGAAAAGUAAUGCUCGCUUGCAAAGCAAAGCCGGCUGGUACUCAUGGCGGAUGCAGCUCCUGACAGAGCUCACGAAAGGACUCAAACAGUCCUCGCUCGACCUUGAUGAGGACGAUAAUGCAUUGCAAACACAGGAAGAACUGAUGAAAUCCAUUCUACCAGGUCUCCUUCAACGUAAUGACGAAUUGCAAAAGAGGCUGGGGAGACUACAAGAGCACGCAGCGAACUUUAAUGAGGAAGACCAGGACGAGCUUGAGGCUGCGAGACUAAGGCUGCAAAGUGCAGAUGAGGAGAUCGCGCAAAAGAAGAGGCUCCUCAGCGAAUUGCAGCAGUCUAUGCACGAAAAAGAACAGGCGAUUGCGGACCUAAGGGACCGGAAAGAAGAGUCUUCAGAAGCCAUCAAGGCGGCAGAGCGGGUGCGGGAAGAGUGCCGUGGCUGGUCUGCAGACGAGGUCGGCAUGCUCAAAGCCAAAGUUGAUGCUGUUGGACUCAAGACAGGCUGGACGAUCACAUCUGCCAAUGCGGAUCCGCAUACGCUCACAAUGACUUACAAAUCGGAACUCGAGCUCUUUCUCCAUCCAGCCGCAUUCCUUGGUGGCAUGGAAGACCCUAUGGCGGGCAACCAACCGAUCAGUCUCGGCUACAUUGGCGAUAAUCACGCUUUACGCAAACCGCAGCCGCUCACCACCUCCAAGCGGUUCUUUCUUCAGCUUCUUCAAGCACAUCUCCAUUCGAUUCCUCAAUACCAGACGUCGGUACCGGACCUUCUUCGGACGGUCAGCUCGGGAUGGGAUUGCGCCGAUUCUGUGGCGAAUGCUGUCCGGCUAUUGCGGCAACUAUGUAUCACAGAGGAGGCUAUUCUCAGUGAUGAGCGAUUGUCGAUCAAAGUGAACAUGGUGCUGCCGAACCUUCAGACGAAGGUCCGUCCUGUCAUUGUGAUCACGGCCCACAUUUCAGACGGUCAUGUCGAGGUAUUCUCAGAUGUGACGGCCUCGGUGGUCUAUGGAGAGAAGUAUGAUGAAAGCAAGAUGGGCGAGUUUCUAAAGGUACAUAUGGGCUCCAGACUUGAUGCCGGUUCGUCUUGGGCCGAGUCAGUCUUGGACCUGAAGAGACGUCUUAUCAAGCGAGGCCGAAAGGGUUGAUAUUCCAUGGAAACUAUGAGGUGCCGGAGAGAGUGGUUGCUUCGCAUCGACUAUUCUACAUGUAACGCGAUUGAUGAGUUCAUGACGAACAGCAAGACUCCCGCACUGUUGUUGUGGUGAUGUUUGAUGAAAAUUACUAUUAUUUGAG